AUGCUCAUCUGCCAUGCUCAUGCGACUACAGAAGAUCUCCCGUGGAUAGAUUCCAUGGCACCCUCAACUAUCGCCCAGGAUCAUGGCCAUCCUGACUCCCAACCGCCAACCGUCGCUGCUUUCACUCCCUCUACCAUCGCUGGCUCGGCCUUGACGUCGCGACAGCGUUCCAGCAUCAUCGUGCAUCGAAAGUCACCACUUCUGGUGGCUACGCCACCCUCAAUAACCCGAGCUCUAGCCUACUCACAUCCUUUCCUCCUCCCGCUCAAUAAAUUCGUGGGCCUUAUAACAUGGACCACAGGAGAUCCAUGGCAGAGCUUCUUGCUCGUAGCCACCUUCUGGGCAGUAGUGUUGUACAGUGACGCCAUCAUUCUCUGGGCCGGUCCUAUACUCGUUGUAGUUGGGCUGAUUCUGGGUAUGUAUGGACGACGGUAUUCACCUCUGUCAUCAACGAUCACAACGGGUGAGAAGCACCAACGCAGCCCAUCAGCGGACAGUACCACCCGCCACCAGAAGAGCUUGGAUGAUAUCGUUGAGACGUUGCGCACAUUGACCACGCGAUGCAACAUUCUCCUGGAGCCCCUUUUAGAUCUCACCGAUUUCUUAUCCACACAACGGACGGCAACGUCGGCGACAACUCGACCUGCACUGACAGCCUUAUUUGUUCGCAUUCUUCUUGUCACACCUGUCUGGAUCGCGUUGACUCUCCCCCCAUUCUACCUGAUUACUACGCGCCGUAUCAUCAUAACUGUUGGCACUGUCGUCCUAACCUACCACUCGCGGCCCGCGCGAGUCUCGCGCGUCAUUCUAUGGAGAUCUCGUCUUGUACGUCGGCUCUGCGCCAUUGUCACCGGAUUGUCGAUCACAGAGCCCCCAAGCAACUCUCAAAAAUCCCAAGCCCAGGGUAUGGGAAUCAAUAUCUCGACCAAACGUCGUAAAGACUCCGGUGGGGUUCGAUUCACGUUCGUUGUAUACGAGAACCAACGGCGUUGGCUCGGCAUCGGGUGGACCUACUCGCUUUUCCCAUCGGAGCGUAGCGCCUGGACAGAUGAGCACUUAAAUCCCGUUCCGGCGAAGGACUCAUUUGAACUGCCAGACGUCCGAACAGGCGAUGCAAAAUGGCGAUGGGUGACAGGGACUGAGUGGCGCGUUGAAGGCGCAGACACCACCAGCAAGUCAGAGACUAAAGCCGCCAGUGAAGGAUGGAUCUACUAUGACAAUAAGUGGAAUGAUGGACGCCGCGGCCAAGAUGGCUGGGAUAGAUACACACGUCGACGCAAAUGGUUCCGCGAUGCAGAGCUGGUCGACGUAGAUAAGGAUGGUCAAAAUACCUCCGAAGAAACUAUAACCAACCUCGCACACGCACUCGAACAAGAAACACAAGACGGAGAGCAAGGAGACAGUGGGAAAGAAGUUGAUGCAGACCGCAUCAGCCUCUCAUCAUCCACCCCACUCAAAAAUCGCCGCCGACGUUGGUUCAGCGGCAAGGAGAAAGAUAGUGCCGGAAGUGAUGGGUCACCCGAUGCUGGCCGCUCUACUGGAGCGAAUACCGAAGGGACAGUGAGUUCAAGAUCUGCAUCAUCACGCCCCAUCAGUAUUCAAGGAUCUCGCAGGUCCCAUGCUCGAGAAGGCAGUGUGGCAACGACUGAUAGUUCAAGUUUACGCGAGGAACAAGACCACCUUGACCGGUGGGCAACUCGGGCGGCGGAUGGGACGGAAAGAGCAGAGCGCGAAUUCGGAUUAAGCGACGAGGUGAAUAUGGGGCUGAGUUGA